AUGGAAAGGGUCAUUAUUGUUGACAGCUCAAGAACGAUUUCCACACAGGAAUGCUCAGGUCUGUUUUCCAACUGCGGGAAAAUAAUCAAAAUUAUCCCAUUUGAUUUGCCACCGAAGUGUCUUCGAGACUUCCCAGGAUUAUCGCACUAUUUCGUCCAGUUUGCAGAGAUCCGCGCUACAGGGCAAGCGCUGCAGACGUACCUCCCGAAGGACGUCAAGGUCGACCCUCUGGUCGAUGUGUCGGAGCUCGUACCACUUUAUUUAUCGCUUUCUGAAACUGCGGAUUCCCGCACAAAAGCUACAAGGAACAAGAGGUCCAAGAUUACAAAAUGUCAAGAUCGAGUAGCCAUCGUGCGUUGUCUUCCGAUAUACGAUAAAGACGAAGUUCGAUCUGCCUUGUCUACGUGUGGAGAAAUCACUAAAAUUCACGACGGUUCUCCUACUAAACCACGAAAGAGUACGAAGAAAUGCUUCUUCGUCGAGUUUACACGAGAGCAGGACGUGGACCGUGCUCGACAAGAACACUUUCCUGGAUUUGAGGUCGUUAGUCUCUCAAAGAAUACACAAUGGAUGAGCGCAUUCAAAAAGAGUGCAAAGGUCGGGCGUUGGGCUCUCUAG